GAGGAAUACAGAUGCAUGAAUUUUAAAUACGGGGGUAUAUAAAGUGUCCAGUAAUUAAAUGAUCACAGACAGAGGGCCUGAACCACAGGAAAAACCGUCUGUUCGAACAUGGGUACUUGGUUGGCUCUACUAGUACUGGCAGUAAUUGCUAGUACCUCUGCAAGACACAUAGCUCGACAAAAACGAAAUACUGUGGACUGUUUUGGAAGUGAAACAUGCGUGAACGGAGAAUGUCGACAGACAGGAUUAGGAACAAUAUGCGUGUGUAACCCUGGUUUCAGUGGUCCCCUUUGUGACCAACCGGCCUGCUUAUGUAGUAUAGUUGGUAACAAAUACUACAGAGCUUUUGGAGGCGAGGAAGUCCUCGGUUUCUACGGAACCUGCCGAUACAAGCUCACCGGCAACUGCGAUGACCUCAACUUCUGGAUCGAUUCCGAGAACCAAUACGUGGUGAAUGCAGUCAGAACCAAAUACAUCGAGAUGUUCAUAUUUGGAAAACUAAUUCGCCUUUCUUAUCCCGGUGUAGUGACGGUAGAUGGCGUUCUCAUCAACUCCCUGCCGCACUUUGUUACUGUGGGCUCAGAUCACAUCUAUAUUGUCCGUUUGGCCAAUAAUGACAUUCAAGUAAUCACCAGCACAAUGGUGAAAAUCAGGUACGACGGUGAUAAUUUCGGAGAAAUCGAACUACCACCAAGCUACUACGAGAAGACCUGCGGAUUGUGCGGAAAGUGCAGUGUGCACGCCCUACCGGUUGUCAUGAGCGAUGGCCAGCUUCCGGAUCCGGCGCUGCCAAAACCACAGAGAGAUGCCGCCAUCGGGAACAGUUGGAAAGUGGGCGGUCCAGCUGAUUGCGUCGCCGACACGGGUAGCGGUCUUGCCGCUUGUGAAGCAGCAGCUCAGCAGGAUGCAGAAGCGAAAUGUGCCAAAGCAGAUCUGAUGAUAGGAUGUUCACCUGCCAUUAUCGGCCAGUACAAAGCAAUUUGUAUAUCUGAUGUCUGCCAUGCAGACGCGGCCGACAGAAAUGAAGUGGCAUGCGGCAUUCUUGGAGCAUUAAGAAAGGCCUGUGCAGACGACGGCACUAACAUCGAGUAUUGGAGAUCGCUCACCAACUGUGAGGACGUGGGGCUUGUGUGUGAUUCCAGCGAGACAUACCAAGACAGUGAUUACGCAUGCCAGGCAUCUUGCUCAUCCAUUGACCAACAGGAAUGCCCAGUAACCGACAUGGAAGGCUGUAGCUGUAACGGCAAUUUAAUUGAAAGCGACGGACAAUGCACUAAUGCAAGCAAUUGUGGCUGUAAUGACGCGGUCGGCUACCAUGAGAACGGCGAAGAGUGGUUCAGCAGCGAUUGUACUACCAAAUACUCCUGUAGCAGCGGCACCAUUUCAUCCACGUCAAUGCCGGCCUGCGUUGCUCCUCAGGAGUGCGUGGCUGAUAUAAAUGGCGUGUUAGGUUGUAAUGAUGUGCCUCCCCCUUACAACAGGGACAACUGUGUUGGCAUCAUUUGUGAAAAUGGCGGGUCGUGUAUCAGUCAACAUAAUGCAUAUGUUUGCGAUUGUCCUCAAGGGUACGUCGGCACUCACUGUGAAACACCUAUUGACUACUGCACCCAAGACUCGGUCGUUUGUCAAAACGGAGGCACCUGCAGAAACACUCCUCAAGGAGCAGUGUGUGACUGCAAACCCGGCUUCAGCGGGGACCGAUGUCAAGAUUCCAGCGCAUGCCAAUGUCACAUUUAUGGGGAUCCAAGCAUCGUGACGUUUGAUGGUGCUCUCAUGAACUUCCACGGCACUUGCAAGUACAGUUAUUCAACUCUCUGCGAAAAUUCCCAACCAGGUUUAGAAUUCUUCAAAGUAUACGUCAGGCAUUUCAACCGCCUCAACACAAACCCAAAGACAGCAUUCCCAGAGUUUGUACAUCUAGAGUAUCGUAACCACACUGUCAGACUGCAAAGGGCUGCAGGAGGUGGAGUUGAAAUAUUGGCCAAUAGAGUAAAAAGAGACCUGCCAACCUAUCUCCACAAUAAUGGGGUAGCAGACAUUAGUAUAGAAUACCUUCCAGAUGGUAAAGUUCGCGCUAAGGCGGCGAACGGUAUAGAAAUCUAUUUUGAUGGAGAGGCCAAGGCUAUAAUUUCGGUCCCAAACACGUAUGCUGGCAAUGGCAACUUGUGUGGAGUCUGUGGAGAUUGCAACGGCAUUAAGGCUGAUGACUACAAAGCUAAAGACGGCUUCAUCAAGAUCGGGGAUGACAGAGUGAACAAAAUCAUCACAUCUUUCUUCGAGCCCGACGAGCAAAUAUUCAGUUGCGAGCAUGGCCUUGCAAUUGAUGGCUUCCAGUGCGUGAACGACCAAGCGAGAGAUUUCGCCUCGGCUGCAGAUAUGUGCGGGGUGAUAACGGACGCUAAUGGGCCCCUUGGCGGUUGUAUAGCAUCUAUGGAUCCCGCCCUGAUUAGUGAAAUCUACGACGCCUGCGUUGAGGACGCUUGUAAAAUGUACUCUCUACGUGAUGAGCCGAGUGCCAGAGAGGCCAAGUGCGUUAUGGUCGAACUGCUUAUCAAAAGGUGUGCUCAACCGCCGGCGGACUUCAGGGCUUUGACGUCUUGUCCUUUGGACUGUGGUAUUAAUAAGUCGUACAAGGUGUCUGGGACAGCAUGCCCCAAUACUUGUGCCAAGCCAGACGCCGAAUCAUCCUGCACGGAGGCAAAUGUUGAAGGUUGUUACUGUGAUGGAAAUGCUCUGUUGAGUAACCAAACGUGUAUCGACAUAUCAAACAAUCAUCACGAUUGUGGAUGUGCUGAUCCAAACGACUUGUAUAGCUACAGAGCGAAAAACACAGAAUACUUUUCAGAUGGAUGUGAGGAUCGUUGGAAGUGUCAUGGCAGACUUAGCAUCCCUCCUAUUAUUGACUUAGAAUGGACGUGGCCUGGCAUGCUUACUAAAGAGGGAGGCACGUGUGAUAUAAAUGCAGAGUGCACUGUGACAGGGAAACAGCUUACCUGUGCCUGCAUGCAUGGGUUUACUGGAGAUGGUAUUCAUUGUGAAGAGGUUAAUCUAUGCAAAGUUGUAUAUCGAGAUGGCAAAACCCCACAGGAGCUGUGUGAGCCCAAUGGUGUUUGUAAUAACCUUGUUGGAGAUUGGGUUUGUCAGUGCCAACCCGGCUGGACAAAACCUCCAGGAGGAGAAUUUUGUACCGUAGACAUCAACGAGUGUGAAAACAUAACAUGCAGUAACCGGGGUAAUUGUUCUCAAGUUGGUGCCGGGUAUGUUUGCACAUGUGAUGAAGGAUUUACUGGACAGGACUGUGAAACAAACAUAGAUGACUGUAUACCAGAUCCCUGCGUACAUGGCACAUGCAUUGAUGGUGACAACGACUACACAUGUGCCUGCGAAAAUGGGUGGAUUGGAAAGAAUUGUGAUAUAAAUGAAGAUGACUGUUCUCCUAACCCAUGUCAAAAUGGUGGAAUCUGUAAUGAUCUGGUAGCAGACUACAGAUGUGACUGUAUUAAUGGCUAUGUAGGGAGGAACUGUGAAAUAAGACCACCAUGCCACUGUACUGCUGCAGGAGAUCCACAUUACAAUACUCAUGAUAACCAAUGGAUCCAUUUCAUGGGCACUUGUAAAUAUGUGCUUAGUCAGCUUUGUCCAGAUUCCCAGGCCGGUCUAGUCGACUACAAAGUCUAUGUUCAGAAUGAAGACAGAAUCAAUGGCUCAAUGCGAGUAUCUUGGACAAAGAGUGUUGAAGUCGAAGCAUAUGGUCACAAUAUUUUGAUUGACAAAGGAUUAGUGCUUUCUUACACAGCAGCAGGUCAACCAUGGAUAUCCAUCAGUAGUCUACCCAAAUAUUUGGCAGGAGGAAAAAUUGCAAUCAAAUAUGACGUAACUGGUAGUGUUAGGGUUGAAGUUGAGCUUGGGCAACCUGGCGAUGGCACCAUUUUGCUUGUGAAAUUUGAUGGCGAUGAUGUGGCUGAUGUUUAUGCACCAGACUCCUACCGUGACGAGAUGUGUGGUAUUUGUGGCGAUUGCAAUGGGGUGCAGGAUGAUUUAAGACUGUCAGAUGGCACAGAUGUCUCGCAGCUACCCCCCAAGGAAGCCUAUGCUGAAAUUGGCAAUAGUUACAAGGUCCAAGAUGGGCAGGUAUGCAGAGAUGGCACACCACAAGAUGGCGAGACAUGUACCGGUGCCAAUGAAGACAUUGCUAGGGGCAUCGACUACUGCGGCUACCUGCUUGAUAUCCACUCCGACAACAUCUUUAAGGCAUGUUAUGACAGCAAUAUGCUUCCCCCAGGAUAUCUGGAGUCUGCCUUAAUGGGAUGUACCACUGAUGUCUGUGAAAGACUGGAAACAGACCCUGAUACAGCAAAGGAAGCAUCGUGCAAAAUUCUUGAAUCUACGGCAGAACUCUGCCGUGGAAUCAAUCAUCCAGUCACAUACUGGAGAAAUGCAACCAACUGCCCAUUGGAGUGUGGUCCUGAUAUGGCUUACGUACCCCUGGGAACGGCCUGUCCCAACACUUGUGCUGAUCCAACUGCUGCUUCAACCUGCACACUGGAGGAUACAGAAGGCUGCCACUGUGCCGAGGGCAUGCUGUUGAGCUCAGAUGAGUGUGUACUCCCAGAAAACUGUGGCUGUGUUGAUGCUGAUGGGAGUUACCAUAAGUUGGAUUCAUCAUGGCUCAGCGAUGAUUGUAACACCAUGUUCACCUGCGUCAAGGCGCCUGAUGGGACAAAGCAGGUUGAAUCAGAGGCAUAUGGCUGCGAUCAGGCUGCCACCUGUGAUGUUGUUAAUGGAGAGAAAAACUGCGUGUGCACGCCACCUAUGAUUGGAGAUGGGAAGACAUGUAAUCAGCCUGGAUGUCCACUACCAAUGGAGAUACAAAAUGGGUAUCAUGAUUAUUCUGGUACACCAGUAGUAGUGCCUAUAGGCACAAAGGUCAACUAUACCUGCCAUGGUGGAAACUACAUGCCUGGUGGAGCAUCAAAUGACAUGAUAACAUGUCAAAACAAUGGAACCUAUGACAAAGAUCCGGCUGAAUGCAGUCCUGGAUGCCCACAUCCAAUGGAUGGAACAAAUGCACUCCAUGAUUAUACUAAUGGCUUACCAGUGACAGUAGGCACCAAUGUCACCUAUACCUGUAAUGCUGGAAAUCUCAUGUCUGAUGGAACAACAAUUAAGACAAUUAAGUGUCUGCAGACUGGACUUUAUGACAGUGGUCCAGCUAAUUGCCAGCCUGGAUGUCCAAUACCAAUGGAGAUACAAAAUGGGUAUCAUGAUUAUUCUGGUAUACCAGUAGUAGUGCCUAUAGGCACAAAGGUCAACUAUACCUGCCAUGGUGGAAACUUUAUGCCUGGUGGAGCAUCAAAUGACAUGAUAACAUGUCAAAACAAUGGAACCUAUGACAAAGAUCCAGCUGAAUGCAGUCCUGGAUGCCCACAUCCAAUGAAUGGAACAAAUGCAGUCCAUGAUUAUACUAAUGGCUUACCAGUGACAGUAGGCACCAAUGUCACCUAUACCUGUAAUGCUGGAAAUCUCAUGGAUGAUGGAACAACAAUUAAGACAAUUAAGUGUCUGCAGACUGGACUUUAUGACAGUGGUCCAGCUAAUUGUCAGCCUGGAUGUUUACUACCAAUGAAGAUACAAAAUGGAGAUCAUGAUUAUCCUGGUGGUAUACCAGUACCACCAGACACUCAGGUCAAGUAUGAAUGCCAUGGUGGAAACUUUAUGCCUGGUGGUGCAACAACUGACAUGAUAACAUGUCAAAAAGAUGGAACCUAUGACAAAGAUCCAGCUGAAUGCAGUCCUGGAUGCCCACAUCCAAUGAAUGGAACAAAUGCAGUCCAUGAUUAUACUAAUGGCUUACCAGUGGCAGUAGGCACCAAUGUCACCUAUACCUGUAAUGCUGGAAAUCUCAUGGCUGAUGGAACAACAAUUAAGACAAUUAAGUGUCUGCAGACUGGACUUUAUGACAGUGGUCCAGCUAAUUGUCAGCCUGGAUGUUUACUACCAAUGAAGAUACAAAAUGGAGAUCAUGAUUAUCCUGGUGGUAUACCAGUACCACCAGACACUCAGGUCAAGUAUGAAUGCCAUGGUGGAAACUUUAUGCCUGGUGGUGCAACAACUGACAUGAUAACAUGUCAAAAAGAUGGAACCUAUGACAAAGAUCCAGCUGAAUGCAGUCCUGGAUGCCCACAUCCAAUGAAUGGAACAAAUGCAAUCCAUGAUUAUACUAAUGGCUUACCAGUGGCAGUAGGCACCAAUGUCACCUAUAUCUGUAAUGCUGGAAAUCUCAUGGAUGAUGGAACAACAAUUAAGACAAUUAAGUGUCUGCAGACUGGACUUUAUGACAGUGGUCCAGCUAAUUGUCAACCUGGGUGUCCAAUACCUAUGGAUGGUGAGAAUCGUCAACAUAAUUACCAGGGAGACGGUUCUGUGGAUGUUGGUACAUUCAUUACAUUUACUUGUAAAAAGCCAUUCUUUGAUGCCUCUGGAGUGAAGGAGAAGACCAUUGAAUGUUUGCCCGAUGGCACAUACGACGAUACCCCACCGCAGUGUGAUCAACCUGGCUGUGAUUUGCCAAUGGAUGGUUCCAGAGCAUCGAACAACUAUCCAGGUGUCAGUGCCCCGGUAGACAUUGAUACACAAGUAACCUACACUUGUAACAGCGGCUACACUAUGGCUGAUGGAUCUACAACAAAAACAAUAACUUGCUUGGAUACUGGCAAUUAUGAUUCCGGGCCUGCAAUGUGUGAUACACAACCUGGGUGUCCAAUACCUAUGGAUGAUGAUGUGAACCGUCAACAUAAUUACCAGGGAGACGAUCCUGUGCCUGUUGGUACAUUCAUUACAUUUACUUGUAAAAAGCCAUUCUUUGAUGCCUCUGGAGUGAAGGAGAAGACCAUUGAAUGUUUGCCCGAUGGCACUUACGACGACACCCCACCGCAGUGUGAUCAACCUGGCUGUGAUUUGCCAAUGGAUGGUUCCAGAGCAUCGAACAACUAUCCAGGUGUCAGUGCCCCGGUAGACAUUGAUACACAAGUAACCUACACUUGUAACAGCGGCUACACUAUGGCUGAUGGAUCUACAACAAAAACAAUAACUUGCUUGGAUACUGGCAAUUAUGAUUCCGGACCUGCAAUGUGUGAUACACAACCUGGGUGUCCAAUACCUAUGGAUGAUGAUGUGAACCGUCAACAUAAUUACCAGGGAGAGGAUCCUGUGCCUGUUGGUACAUUCAUUACAUUUACUUGUAGAAUGCCAUUCUUUGAUGUCUCUGGAGUGAAGGAGAAGACCAUUGAAUGUUUGCCCGAUGGCACUUACGACGACACCCCUCCACAGUGUGAUCAACCUGGCUGUGAUUUGCCAAUGGAUGGUUCCAGAGCAUCGAACAACUACCCAGGUGUCAGUGCCCCAGUAGACUUUGGUACAAAAGUAAUCUACACUUGUAACAGCGGCUACACUAUGGCUGAUGGAUCUACAACAAAAACAAUAACUUGCUUGGAUGCUGGCAAUUAUGAUUCCGGACCUGCAAUGUGUGAUACACCUACAGUCUCAAAUUACUGUCGCGACUGUAUCUAUCUCAGAAAUGGACCAGGUUAUUAUGAAGAUCCCAAUGACUGUGGACGGUUUGUGCAGUGUCUGCAGGACAUUGAUGGAAACAUUGUUACUGUGUCCAGUGCCUGUCCAGGAAAUCUCCUGUGGAGCCAGAGUGAGUUGACUUGUGUCAGCUGCGACAAGGCGACAUGUGUAGGUGUUAUAGGCGGAAAACCAGACUGUGAAGAAAACGGCAAAUGUGAAACUGGCUACUACAGCGACCCAACCAACUGCGCGGCGUACUACCAGUGCAGCCCCGCUGGAGCUGUCCGCAUGUGUUGCCCUGGCAACACCAUGUGGGGUGGAAGCGGCUGUAUCUUCAGAGACGCCUCUUGCACAGAUGUCUGCUCUACACCAGUCACUCCCACAGUGGCACCCCCCACCCUGCCACCUCAUACACUAGGAGACACAUGUUACGAUGCUGACGGCAGGAAAAAACGGGCUGUGGUUGGCGACAGUUAUGUGUAUGCCCUAUACGUUGCUGGAGGAAAUGAGUAUGUUCUAUACCCAUGUACCCCCUAUGAAUUUAGCCUAGCAGCCUGUGAUUGUGUUGUUGAUCAGUCCGGACUUCCUCCUGCUUGUCGGUUCCCCAAUAACAUCGGUUGCUUCCCAUUCGAUGUGGACUAUAAGGAUCAAUCAGGUCACAUAAGUUGGUUGGAUAAGGGGUCGACUUUUAUCCAACAAGAUGAUGCUGUCCACGGUGGUGCUGUGCAAUUUGACGGAAACACCGAUAUUGAAAUCCCCGCCUUCAGUAACUCCGAUCUCGGUUCUGAGUUUUCUGUCUGCGUGUGGUUCAAGUACACCGCAGGAGACAGUGAUGACAGAAUGCGAGGCAUAGUCAACAACGGAGACUGUGACAACGAGCCCUCGUAUAACAUCCGCAUUGAUGGUGGCAUCAGUGGAAGCGUUGGUGCCGGUGUUAUUUCAACAGGGUCACAUCAAAGAAAGGCGUAUGAGGAUAUAUUGACUGCCAAAAACGAAUGGCACCACACGUGUUUGGUGAAGGAAGUAGAUAAAGUCCUAUUCUAUUUGGAUGGAGUCAGUCAGGGCAUUGCUAACAAUGACGCCAUUGGUGAUCUAAUAAGCAACCCUGUCCCUAUGAUUUUGGGCCGUACCAUUUACUGUGAACUGAAUGAAAAUGCCCAUAGCUUCUUCAUAGGGAAGAUGGAUGAGCUGGUUAUCUUCAAGUCGGCUCUGAGCCAGGCAGAUGUGUUAGCAGUAAAGGAUGGAUUUAAUUAAACAUCGAAAGUCAUGAAGCUUAAAAGAAAGCUCUAUAAAUUGUAUAUUGUCACUGCGCAGAUGAAGACGAACACCAAGGACACAAAUCAAUAUUGAAAGUGAACUGAUAAUUGCAGACUUUUCGUCUUUGCAAUUGAUUAUCUUGCGCAGAAAAUAAUAAAUUAAAGUUAUUGCCAAAUAAAAUACUGUGCAUUAA